CUGUCAAAAAAAAAAAUUAAAGGAACCCUAACCUCAUUCUAAUUCCUGUCAAAAUUUUAGGUCUUUUUUUUAAUAAAGGACUGAUUGUCCAGUUUUAUAUAUAGAAUUGAGCGGUAAUAACUUGGAAUGAAUCGAUAAUCUACCAACGAUUUUAUCUCAUUAAAACCCCGUUUUCAUUUGGUAUAGAUACCAGAAAUAAAAUAAAUCAAACCAUGGAUCUCUCAUCGGAAAUGUGCAAAAACUUAAUUAAAUGGCUGCAUAGCUUAACAUCAGAAAGAUCCAAAUCAAUUGCAGAAAUCAGUGAUGGAGUGGCAAUGUACAAUGUUCUUAUCCAAAUAUCGCCCGAACAUUUUAACAAACUUAUUUCAAAAAUUAAACUAGAUGUUGGAUCAAAUUGGCGGUUAAAGGUGAGCAAUUUAAAGAAAAUUAAUGAAAGCAUCAUCGAGUACUAUCAAGAUGUACUCAACUUACAAGUAUUAGAAGCAGGAAGACCGGAUGUUGUGAAAUUGGGAGAAACCAACGACAUCAUCCAAAUUGGAAAAAUGUUGAGAUUAAUCUUAGGUUGCGCCGUAAAUUGCGACCGCAAACAAGAAUAUAUCACCCAAAUUAUGGCGCUCGAAGAAUCGCUACAACAAUGCAUAAUGAUGGCCAUCCAACAACUUGAAGAAAUAACCGGAGGUCCUGGCAGAUCAAUUCCAUAUUGCCUCCUCAGCAUGGACACAGAUUCGCGAGUUGCUCGCCUAGUAAACGAAUUAGAAUCAGCUAAUGAAGCAAAAGAAAUAUUGAACCAACGUAUAUCAAAAUUGGAGCGCCAAAUAAACGCACUCUCAGAAGAAAAGGCAUCAUUAAUAGCCGAAAAUCAUAAUUUACUUGCUCAAAUUGAAGAAAAUCAAAUGGCCGGCCCAAUUCGACCACCAGACACAAGAAAACAAAUGGAAUUAUUAAAAGAAGAACUUUUCAAAGUCGAAACAAUCCGCGACGAUUACGCGGCGAAAAUCGUCGAUCAAGACAAACAAAUACAUUCGCUUCAAGAAGAAAUCGCAAAAUUACAAUUAGCCGUGGAAGAUUCGAAUCGAUUAAAAGACGAAGUUGAUGCGCUCUCCGAAACCGCCAACAAAGUACAAGAAAUGGAAACGACCCUAACAUCGUAUAAAAAGAAACUCGAAGGUUACACCGACUUAAAAAAGCAAUGCAAAGUUUUAGAAGACAAAAAUUACGAAUAUAUCCAACAAAACUUAAAAUACGAAGAAGAAAUGAAAAAACAAAACGUUUGGAAAGGACAAUCAGAUAUGUAUAAAAACAAAGUUAUCGAGCUUGAACAAAAAUUAGACGAACAAAUCGAAAAAUUAGAUAAAGUAACACACAUAAACAAAAAUUUAGAUUCGAAAUUUGCUUCGGUUGUUUCGGAAAAAGAUCGAUUAAUGAAAGAGCGCGAUAUUCUCCGCGAAGAAAUUGAAGAAAUCAAAUUGGGUCAUAUUAAACCCGAAAAAUUAGCGGCUAUGUCGCAAGAACUCGUCCCCACAGAACUCGAGCAGCGUCUUAAAUUCCUCGAAAAAGAAAACGCAACUCUACGACCUUCCAGUCAAGAAGCACUAGCAAAACAAGCCCUUUUAGACGAUGCUUUAACGCGGGUUAAGAAAUUAACCGAAAGUAAUCGAGCUUCAAAUCAAAGGAUUCUUGAAUUGGAGUCGCAACUUGAAGAUCAAAAACCGGAAAAAAUCGUCCAACUCCAAGAAGCUUUAGCUGCGAAAGAAGCUGAAGUACAAACACUCCAAGCGAAAUAUGCUAGGAGUGUUGAGAAGGCUAAAGAAGUUGCUGCGUUUUUAGAUAUGAAAACAAACGGGAGUUUGGAACCGUUAGGAAUGGGGGGCAUAAAACCGAUGGAAGAGAAAUUAAUAGCAAGCGCUUUUUAUAAAUUGAGUUCUGUUUGUCAACGCGAAGCUGUAGAUGAACGCGUUGCCCUCUUAAGUGGCGUACAAGGACAGUCUUUUCUUUCCAGGCAAAGACAACCUAUGCCCCGAAAAGCUACAAAUCCAUUUAAAUCUAAGUAAUUUCGUUUAAAUCUUUUCUUAGUAAAUAUGACAAAAGUUAGAGUAUUUAUGUGCAAUAUAUGUUGAAGUUGUACGAAUUUUAAGUGCCUCACAGUAGCCUUCAGUUUAUAAAUGUGUUUUCAAUCAAAUGUUAUAGUAUAAACAUAUCUUUUAUACAUAGUGGUUUAUAAGAAAAUAUAAAUAUAUUAAUUAAUACUAAGA